AUGUCCAGUCCAACUAAAAUACAAGCAAGUCCUAAGGGUAUUCGUGAAGGCACAAGAGUUAUUUUACGUGAAAUCACAGCGACUUUGAACAAUUCACCACCCUCAAAAACACAAAUGAGUGGUAACGAGGCAUCAAAAAAAUCAACUCCGGAGCACGAAGUAAAAGUUAAGUUUGCUCGUGAAUUUGCUGAUGCAGAAAUCUAUCCACCAGCUGUAUGUCCGACAACAAUUAUAACACCAGUUGAAAGCAACAGUAUAUCAACUGCAAGCAGUUUUCAAAGCUUAACGUCAACACUAAGUACUAAAAGCAGCAGUGGAAUUUGUGUAGACAGCCCGUCUAGAUCAAACGAUAACUCUUAUAAUAACUUGAACGACACUGGGCUAGACGAUUUAAUAUCAGCGUGUGCCCGAAUUCGUCUUGAAGACUCGGUUAUAAACUCUGGUGAUCAAUCAUUUGGAGACGUGACAUUUGCAUCAGCGACUGACGAAUUACAGCUAGACCGAACUCUCGAUGUAACUCGUUCGGGUACCGUAUCACCAGUCGAAGGCAAUGCUACUCAAACAAUUAAUACCCCCGUCAAUGAUGCUCAAACUGUUUUUCCAAACAGCCCAAGCUCUUGUGAUCUGAACAGCACUUGGAACACAAACACUCCAACAGCUGAUACAAAUGUUUUAGAAAUUGUUCAGAACAAUGCAACUUUAAAUACUUCAGCUGAACAAAUUUCACCGGAAUAUUCAACAGCGCCUGAUUUACAUACAAAUUUUUCAAUAAAGUCACCUGUAAAUGAGUCUAAUGUAGAGCCAUCCAAUUGUUCACACUAUCUUGAGGCUAUAGAAUCAAGUGUUACAAAUAAUUCUCAAGUGUUAAUAUCACCACCAAUAUCAAGUGACGAUUUUAAUAAUAGUGAGUUUAAAAAACCAUUACCAAUCGAUGAUUUAAAAGUUUCAAAACAUGUACUAAAUGCUAAUAUUGUUUCAUUAGAUUCAUUAGAAUCAAAUAAAUUUAUUGAAACACCACUCGAGAUUCCUACUGAUUCUACUUUUAAGCUAAAUGAAACGAUUUCUUUGGAGGCCCCGGGAGAUUUAGAAAAUAUCAACUCGCUGGCGAUUGAAACAAAUUUAGACAAAAUAAUCACUGAAAAUAUAAGUACAAUACCAGUUACCGAUAAUAUCAGUGAUCACGUGGAGUUAAUUACAAAAACUCCUGAAAUAUUUGUUGAAGGAACAAAAAUUCCUGAAAUUGAAAUAUCAGAGGCUAAUGAAGUCAGAAGUGAACCUGUUUGUGAAUUAGAAUCAACUUUAUUAGUAGAUGGAAUCAAUUUCACUUCUUCUAGCGAAGAUUUACAAGAAUCAUUAAAUCGUGAGGCUGAGCUGAAAGAAAAACAAGAGACAGAUAUCCCAGUUUGUCCAGUUAUUGAAGGCUUGAAUUUACCAAAUGAUUAUGUUAACUUUACACCACAACGUCAAAGUACCAGCCUAGUUUCUGGUAUUAUUCAACCGGACACAAAGAUAGAGGAGUCUUUUAAGAACUUAGAUCUACCUGAAUCAAAGUUUUUCGAUGUCGAAAAUGCUCCACCUUUAGAUCCGCCCUUGGAUUUUGAUCAGUUAAAUUUAGAAACUGAGAAUAUUAUUAAAGAUAUUCAUAACUCAUUUACAGGACUUGAGACAGAAAAGUUUGUUCCUGCAUCGCCGGAUCAAUUUUGUGAUCCAUCACAAUUUGAUUUCUUAUUGGCGAAAACAGAAAAUUGUCGAGGGGAUCGUUUGAGAAGUGACUCGCUUUUCACUAAAUUUGAUCCUUUAGUAGCUGAAACAAGUAUGUUACCGCAAGGAAACGGAACAAGUCCUCCACCAUCAAAUGAUGAACGAAACGGUGAAAAGGACACAUCAUUGCCUAAUAAUAUAACGCCUAAACGUAAUCCAGCUAUUGCCGCUAUAGAUAGAUUAUUAUUCUAUAGUCCAAUGACUCCAGACAAUAUUAAAAUUCAGGUGUCUGAAAAAAAAGAAUCUGUUGAAAAAACUGAAUCUCCUGUACCUGUAGUUGACUCCGCGAUGGCUAGUGAAUUAGAAUUAGUCAGGUCAACUGUUUUACAAUUGGAAGAGCAGUUGGAAAAACAAAAGCAGAGUUACGAAAAGCAAUCGGAUGAAAAGGAUAAAAAAAAUAAAUCUCUGCAAGAAAUGGUGGCCCAAUUACAGAGACAAUUAACACAUGAAAUCCAACUCAAAGAUGAGAUGACUGCUAUCGUCGAUGAACAUGAAAAAUCGAUAAGCCGAUUAGUUGCAGAAAGAGAAAAGAGCCGUAACGACCUAGACACUGAAAAAGCCUUUCUUUUAAGAGAGCUCGCGGAUACUAAAAAGCAUUUAGAAGCAUCAGAAGCGUCAUUCAAUGAUGUUCAUGCUAAAUAUGAAAAAAUUAAGCAAACCAUGACAAUGUAUACUAAUAAUGAAGUUACCCUUAGAGAAAGUCUUGAAAACAAUGUUGAAGUUAUGAAAGGGUUACAAAGUCGUUAUGAGCAAAUAAAGCUUCAUGCUGCGACACGACUUGAGAAAGCUAAUCAAGAUUUAGAAAUGAUGCAAAAGCAACACGAGUCAGAAAUAAUAAAAUUGCGGGCGAUGUUGAAGAAAGAAGAGCUUAAAUGUAACUCUUUGACGGAAAUGAUCGAUCAAAAAGCUAAAGAAAAUAAAGAACUCACAAAAAUACUUGAUGAUGUAAUUGCGAGAGUUAAUCCAAAUGAUAAGUAA